AUGACUUUUGAUGCAUUCUUUCUCAGAGAACUUGGUGUUGGGGUUCUCAUCUUCUUGUUAUCACGCUUUUUCAUUAGAUCAAUAGUCACAAAUUCUGUACAUCUACUACCUCCAGGCCCAAGAGGAUGGCCAAUUCUUGGUGUUCUUCCACUUUUGGGAAGCAUGCCUCAUGUCACACUCACAAACAUGGCCAAGAAAUAUGGAGCUGUCAUGUUCCUCAAAAUGGGAACUUGUGACACUGUGGUAGCCUCAAGCCCGGAUGCAGCCCAGGCAUUCCUGAAGGCCUUGGACCAUAAUUUCCUAAACAGACCCACUAUUGCUGGGGCAACCUACUUGGGGUACAAUGCAGAAGACCUAGUUUUUGCAAACUAUGGACCCAAAUGGAAGCUCCUUAGGAAGCUAGCCAACCAACACAUGCUUGGUGGGAGGGCUCUUAAUGAUUGGGCAAAUGUGAGAGCAAGUGAGGUGAAACACAUGCUAAAAGCCAUGUAUGAGUGUUCCAAAGCAGGGGAAUUAGUAGUGGUGAGUGAUUUGUUGAGUUAUGCAAUCACUAAUAUUGUGAGCCAAGUUGUAAUUAGCCAGAGAAUAUUUUCAAACCAAGGGUUGGAGUCUAAGGAGUUUAAGGAGAUGGUGGUGGAAUUCAUGACAAUUUCUGGUGUGAACAUUGGUGAUUUUGUUCCUUCCAUUGCUUGGAUGGACUUGCAAGGUGUGGUGGGAAAGAUGAAAAGGCUACAUAAGAGGUUUGAUGUGCUUUUGAGCAAGAUUAUUGAAGAGCAUCUUAAGUCUUCUCAUGAACGUAUAGGGAAGCCAGAUUUUCUUGAUAUUGUGAUGAAAAAUGUUGAAAAUCCUUCUCAAGAAAGAUUGAGUUUCUCCAACAUCAAGGCUCUAUUAUUGAAUCUGUUCACAGCAGGCACAGACACAUCAACUAGCAUCAUAGAAUGGGCAUUAGCUGAAAUGUUAAAAAACCCUAAUAUUUUGAUUAGGGCACAGAAAGAGAUGGAUGAAGUAGUAGGAAGGCAAAGAGUCCUUGUUGAAUCUGACCUACCAAAAUUACAAUACCUUGAAGCAAUCUGCAAGGAGACAUAUAGGAUGCACCCAUCUACACCCCUUAGUGUUCCCAGGAUAGCCACUGAAGCAUGCAAUGUUAAUGGGUAUUACAUCCCUAAGAACACAAGGUUGAAUGUGAACAUAUGGGCAAUAGGGAGAGACCCUAAUGUGUGGUCAAACCCAUUAGAGUUCAAUCCAGAGAGGUUUCUCAAAGGGAAGAGUGGAAAAGUUGAUCCUACUGGAGUUCAUUUUGAGCUUAUUCCCUUUGGAGCUGGAAGGAGGAUUUGUGUAGGCUAUAGAAUGGCUAUUGUGCUCAUUCAGUACAUUUUGGGCACUUUGGUGCAUUCUUUUGACUGGAAAUUACCAAAUGAUCAAGAGUUAAGCAUGGAUGAAGCCUUUGGACUCACUUUGCAAAAGGCAGUGCCUCUCUCAGCAAACAUUAGCCCUCGUUUGCUCUCAGAUGCUUAUGUUUGAUACCUUCAUAAGAUGUCUCUCUUUAUAUAUCUAUUUAUAUUUCAGCUCUUGGA